CAGUCCCGUCCAGGAGCCUGGCACCCUGGCUUGGGCGCUCACGCACUUGUCACCGCUUGCUCAUCCUCCAUCCUCCAUCCUCGUCUUCUCAACUCGCGCAUUCGUCCAGUUUUCUCGACUGCCGCCCGCUUCGACUCGCAACUCUCAGCGACCUUGCCGCUGCCGUUUGCCGCUGUAGUCUUACCCUCCCCCCGCCUCCCAGCCCUCGCUCAGGCGGCGCGGUCGCGCCAUCGCCCGACGUUGCGGUUCAAAUCCCCUCCCGAAACAUUCCGCCCACACGACCCUGGCCCCAAUUCAGCUACCCGACCAUCCGCAGCGGCCGCGCGCCUUUUUUUUUUUUUUUUUGAUCGCCUUUUAUCAUGAAUCUGCCACGAGAAACAACACCGGCGACGUACGAUUAUUGAGCUCUCUUCAGGCCCAUCCUCCGGCCGGGGGCUUGGUUCCGCCCCGCCUCCGACUGCAUCAUCAUAUCCGCCCCCCACCUGCUCGCUCUCUGACACUACUGCCAUGGGCUCGCUCGCCAUACACGCCUCGGUCUCGCCAUUGCAGAUGGAAGCGCAGCGAGACCUGGCCGACGUACAUACCGUUUUCGAUGCCACAUCCUGCUCUGUCCCCGAGCUGCGAGAUUCUGGCUUCUUCUCACAGGUCUUUGCUCCCGAUGGCAAUGGCGGCGGCGAGACCGAUAUCGACGCCGCCCUGGCUGCCAAGGCCGUUGCCCUGGGAAUCACCGUCGCGCCGAUGCCCAUCGCGGCCGUCGCGUCCUCUCUCACCUCUGGCUCGUCGGUCCCAUCCGACGGCGCGCGGCCCACAACCCCCGACAGAUCCCGCUGCGCAACGUCACACUCGCCCAGCUGCGACGGCUCCUCGGCGGUUUCCCCGGUCAUGACUCCGGCAACCUCUCCGAUGGCUUCUCAGCCAUGCUCCUGGAUCUCGCCUUCGCCGAAGCCGAUCGCCGCCUUACCAGAUGUAGAUCACAUGGGCCCCAUGCUGAGCAGACGGAGAUCCAGGAAUCUGAGCUUCUCGCACUACGACAAGUAUGUGGCCCAGGUGGACCCCAACUUGAAACAACCAAAGUUCGUCAAGGAGACAUCACCAUCAAGAGGUCCUGCACCGAGCAUUUUCAGCUUCAGCACGCGCAAGAGCAUGGUUAGCCUUCGUAACUCGCUAAGAACGAGGUUGUGGUGGAGAAAAGGGUCCACCAGGGGCACGGCUGGUCUCCCAAUAUCAUGCAUUUGCUGCCGAGACGAUUUUAGCAAAAUGCAGGCUCUCCAGACGCUCCCGUGUGGCCACACGUACUGUAACGAUUGUCUCGUAAUCAUGAUCAACCAGUCUAUCAGAGACGAGUCGAAAAUGCCCCCGAGAUGCUGCACACAGCCCAUCACAAGCAGCAUCGUCCGGGCGGUCCUUGGCCGGGAGGAGCAGCAAACGUUUCUCAAGGCUGUCCUCCAGUUCGGCACCCCUUGGGAGUCGCGCAUCUUCUGUCCAAACUCGGCUUGUGGCGAGUUUAUCAGGCCUCGGGGCCGCAUCGACCCGAAGCACCCGUUCGACGUCAUCUGCCGCCGGUGCCGGACUCGCGCGUGCAUAAUGUGCAAGCGCGACGCCCAUCCUCUAGGACAGGACUGUCCCGCCGACUGGGAGCUCGACGCUGUGCUCAAGAUGGGUGAAAAGAGCGGAUGGAGGCGCUGCUACAAGUGCCGCACCCUGGUGGAGCUCUCCCAGGGAUGCACGCACAUGACGUGCCGCUGCAAGGCCCAGUUCUGCUACAUCUGUGGCGCUGUCUGGGACGUGGCCGUUGGGUGCCCCAACUACUGCAACGGCGAGGAGGAGCUGGAGCGGCGGAGGCUCGAGGAGGAGGCGCGCAUGGCGGAGCUCGAGGCCGAGAAGGAGGCCCGCGAGCUGGCUGCAGAGGCGGCCGAAGCUGAGAGGGUCCUGGCGGCAGAGCGCUCGGCGGCGAGUCCCGAGUUUCUGGCACUGACACGGGAGCUUGAGGCUGAGCUGGAGCGCUUCGUGGCGUACGAGGGCAAGAUUAGGUGCGCCGUGAGGUCACGGCACGCGCAGGAGCGGCUCGCACUGGUGGAGCGCUUCUCGGAUCAGGUCGACAAGAUGAGGGAGCGGCACACUAAGACGGCGCAGCACCUCGAAGACCGCCAGAUUGCGGCCGAGAUGGACCUGCGCGUGACCCUAGAGCAGCGCGCACGCAGCGUCAAAAUCCGGCUUCGGCACAUGGAGGCCUAUUGCGAUGGCCUGGGCCGCAACGUGACACCUUUCGGUCCAGAAGAUGCAACAACAGAUGGGAGCAAUUCGACCGAGAGCCGCAGCGGGACAUCGAGCCCAGGGAGGAGGGACGGCAUGAUGCCAACUAGGGUCGUGACGGAGCGAGACCUACGCGAGCUCGGCCAGCAGUAUAAUAUGAGGGACGACCUCGAGCGGCUGCACCAGUCGCGCAUCAAUGUGCUGCGGGAUCGUCAGACCAAGAAUAUGGAGGGGCUCCAGGAGCGGCAGGAGGCCGAGAUGGAGCGGCUGCUGGGCCGACGCGACGAAGAGAUGGAGGACCUCGAGGCCCGGUUUGCAGCCGAGGAUGAUGCGGUCCUGCGCGCCUUUUCCAGCCAACGCGAGCGCACCCAGGGGCGGUGGUCCCUUAGGAUCGAAAUUCUCCGACACGAGAUGGAGGCAAAGUCGGACGGGCUGAAGUACGGGCCCAUCCCUAUUCCCGACUGGCCACCGGCUUGCGGCACAGGUGACGCUACGGCGGAGCCACCUGCUAAACGAUAUGAACAAGAUCACGGGCCUGACGACGAAAAGACCCCCGACGCAGAUGACGAGAAACACGCCCUUGUCAAGGAGGAUGACACUGCCUCCAAACUUGCCGCUGUCGUGGAGGAAUAAGUGAAGAGGGUUUCUGAAGGCGGCCAAGCCAGUGGUCAAACGGGACACGGGCUUGCUGUCGAGGCUGGGCGUCGGUUCAGCCAUGCCUGGGCGUUCCCAGCAGUCGACCAGCUCGGCCGAGUCUGGACUGGACAAGCAAAUGUCAGGUGUCACCCAGACCCUGUCGCCUUCCUCGUUUCCCACCUCUGUUCUUUCUCCUUAUCUCAUUUGUACGUCAUGUAGCGUUCUGCUUGGGCUCUGAGCAUUUACUUGAUACCAUAUUAAACCACGCGGAAGACUUCACUGGAUGGACAAACGCCGGUCGAGGGGGUUGCCAUUGCCGCACAGGAUCUUAAUGAGCACUCGGGGGAGUUUAUGUUGUUUAUGGCUAUGGAGUUUAAACACGAGGUAUUUCUCUUUUUGUUGCUUUUUUUUCCUUGUGCUCCCGCACACCAUGCAUGUUUCGCCUUUCCGGAUACGUGGAAUUUAACACAAUUCGCAUUUCAUCUCCAAGUCUCUCGACAGAUUCCCAUGUCUGUUUUCUUUCCUGUCGGCAAGCCGUGUCCGCGGUAGU